CAAGGAAGUGCGAGAAGUAGUGAAACGUCACAGCCCGGAAGUACUCUGGAAACGUCGACUUUGUUGUUGUUUGCGUGUCGUUUGCUAGUUAUUUCACAUAACAUCGCACAGAUUUGAAGUCAUGGCAGAAAAGAUCCAGCAGCUCGAGUCUGUAGUUAUUCGCAGCCUCAGGCGCUUCAGAGAGCGAUAUUUUCCGGAAAAAGUUGUCAAAGAAAACUUGGCGCCUGUUGCAACUCCAGCACAAGAGGAAGCACAAUCUGGAUUUUUGGACAUCUUACCGGUGGACGUGCAGUUCCUGAUCAUGACCUUUCUGUCUCCUGCGGACAUCUGUCGUCUGGGAGCCACCAGUCGGUACUGGAGGGCCAUGGUUAGAGAUCCGUUACUAUGGAGAUACUUCCUGUUGCGAGACAUGCCGUACUGGCCCUCCAUAGAUCAUGUGAGCAUGCCCAAUCUGGAGCUGCUGGAUGCACCAUUAAUCAGUGAAGACGAGAGCCUGGACGAUAGAGAAGAGGGGGAAGAGAAAGGGAUGGAACUGAAAUUUGACUACAUGUCUGAAUACUUGAAAGGCUGCCCAUCCUGCAGAAAGCAAUGGCUUCCUUCACGGCCGGCGUAUGAGGUGGUGACCUCAUUUCUUCAGUCUCUGGUGCCCUCGUCUGAACCACGUUAUGCCAUGUUUGGUCCUGGCAUGGAGCAGCUGGAUGUCUCUUUAGUCACGAGGCUCAUGUAUGCCCCAGAUAUUCUUCCUGUGUCUGGAACUCCACACAGACAGAUAAAUGGUAUUGGCUCAGGGAUCAGCUACAUGUUUAACAACCAGCACAAGUUUAACAUCCUGACUCUGUAUUCAACCAACAGGGCAGAGAGGGAACGAGCCAGAGUGGAGCAGCAGAGCAUCAGCAAUAAACUCUUUACUCUGGAAGGAACCGACGAGUCAGGCGACCCGCUCUACAGCCCCGCUCCUCAGGUCCAGCAAGUGUGCCAGGUGGUGGAUGGUUUCAUCUACGUGGCCAAUGCAGAGCCUGGAAGAGGAGACGGGAUGUCAGAGGUGGCCCAGAUCCGUGCUGUCAUGAACUGUGCUGGUGGUGCCACGUCCAGGCCUCUGCUGGUGCUCUCCUGCAUCUCCAGAGAACCAUCUGAAGCAAUUCCAACCGCCGCCCAACAAAACGACACAGACAGACUCGGCACCAGGUGUCGAACUCCCUGCGUUGAAAUGGCGAAGAGGCUCGGCCUACCCCAGCUGUCUAACCGCUGGAUGGUGCAGGACACAGUGGCAGAAUCUCUGUCAGGUCUUCUGGACGGCAUUUCCUGGUUGCUGAGAUGUUCGGGAGUCAAGCUCUAUGUUAGCUAGUUUCCUGCUGCUGCCGCUGCUAGAUGAAUUGAAACCAGAGACCUCAUUGCCUACAUCCUCCUGACACCAAUACACACUACGACGUCUUCUGAGUAAUGUGUACCAUGCGCGCGCUGAGUGUUUCCGCACUGACCGUGGAAUUUAAUGAACUGCAUGAGCAGAAGAAGAGCCGGGUUGAUAACUAUUAUUCAUCUGGGACGUCGAACAUGUAAGUAUUUACAGAAAAAUCAAUAUAAAGUAAUUACAGCGUGACAGAAGGUUAAGCAAACACAUGUGAGCCUCGGAGUGCCAACAAACUUGUCUUGAACAGGGUUUUCUGCACAGCAAUAAAUGGUUGAUGUAGCUGGAGGACCGCAGAAAAGCAGGAAAACAGACAAGCUCGGGUGCAGAAGUAGAAAAUAGAAAUGCUGUACACUUUGAAUUUGCUGUAAAUUUUUUAUAUGUGUUGCUCUUUAUAUAAAUACAUGCUACUUUAAUUUAUGCACAUGAUAUGGUGAGGUGCUAAUGAGCCAAGUGGUUAGAAAUAGAGGGAUAUGCAACGUGUGGACAUUUUCUCACCUAUUUUCAGUGAUUUAUUAGAAUCAUGAUUACAUACAUUCAUAAAAGUUGUAUGUGCCAACAAUCCACCUACAAAAAGUCCUCAUAAGUUCCUUUGUAACUUGUAAAAGCUGCCUUCUGAUCAAGAUUUGCACACAUUUUAUUUAUUUGCCUAAAAUAUAUUUUGAUUAUCCAAUGAAGAUUUUUUUCCCCCUUUUUGAAUGCUGAAUACUUUUAUGACAUUGUUUACAUCUUUGCACUUUGUUCUACAAACAGUUUCCAAAUCAGUAAACUGCAUUUGAAUCAUUCUUA